CGUCUAUUAUGCAUUGUAAACUAGAGGAUCUUUACCAUUCAACGACAAGCCUUCACUGCAUUCUGCUGGUCGUCUAGACUGCACUGUCCUCCAGGCCCCUGCAGUUCCUCCUGUACUGUGUAGAUCUAGUAAAUGGAUUGAACAGAUUGGUGACCACCACCAAUGGAGGCUGUGAAGCGUAAAGGGCGAGACUCCAAGCACUCGGAGAAACCAAAGAAGAGAAAGAGACGACACUCGAGCAGCUGUAGUAGCUCGGAAUUGAGUGAUCGUGAGGAUAGUACCGACUCUAGCGAAUACAAACGCUCACACAAAUCAAAGAAGAAAAGGAAGCACUCACAUAAGGAGCCAAAAGUAAAGAAACACAAUCACAAUAAGAAGCGUUCACAUCAUGAUAGCAUAAAGAAAGAGAAACCUGUCGUUGCUAGGACUACAGAAGUGACCUCUGUCAAUAGAGACGUUCCACCACCCCCACCUGCAAGUAAGUCCCGAGGACCGAUGACUCGUGAGGAUUAUGAGAAGCAGCAAAGCGUUGUUAGACGAGUGUUGGAUCCAGAAACAGGGAGACACAGGCUGGUUAAAGGUGAUGGAGAGAUUGUUGAAGAGAUAGUGAGCAGGGACAGGCACAAAGCAAUAAACAAGCUGGCUACUCUUGGAGAUGGUCUCUCCUUUCAAAGUGGACUCAAGAAAUUUCAAUAGCUCUUCUCUGUUAGUGUGACAUGAUUAAUUUCAAUUAUUAUAUCAGUCAAGCAAACAGUAUGAUUCUUCAACAAUACAGUAAGAA